CCGCAAUAAGUCGAAUCGAAAACGUAGACUCAUAAGACCGGGCUUCAGCUAUAAAUCAAGACUAAUUGAUGUUGAAAAUUGAAUAUAAGAACAUUGUGAUAUAGAUAAUUUUUAAAGUGACUGAGAUAAAAUUGUUGCAAGACAGAAAAAAUAAGACAAAAGGCAACAGGAUUCUUCUUAAGCUUCCUUAAUAGUGCUUAAUAUAUAUUUUUUCUUAUUGGAGCCAUCAGCAGAUUAAGAAACACAUUGCCUCUCACAUUAUUAUUAAGUAUUGUGGAUAAAGAUAAUUUCAACCACCAACACAUAAAACAACAGACGGUGUGGGUAGUUUAAUAAUAUUUUGUCAUUAUACGUAUUUGCGCUAUGGUGAUAUAAAAAAAAGCGUAAAUUUUAUUAGUUAUUUUGAAUUAGCGUUCAAUUCAUGCAUCGACCCGGAGCUCAGGAGUUGGAAACGAUCAUAAUAGUGAGCGUGUUCAGCUGCGCAUGGCUGGUUGUGUUCGUGAUGGCAGUGGUGCUGUGCGCGAGGGUCGCCUCCAUCAGGCGGAGAGUAGACGACAUGCAGGCCACCGGACGGAUGAGGGUUCAAAAACUGAAAAUGAAUUCAGAUAAGAACCACGCAUUCCACAACCCGGGCCUGGUUCCUGAUGAGGAGUUGUCCAGGCGAGGGUACUCCAUGUACGUGGGCAGCGAUGGCGACGUGGAAAGCGCCAGACCUUCGGAGCGGCAGACGGGUGGGCAGUUCGUAGAAGAGUUAACUAGAGAGAUAGACCAGAGGCAGCAGAGGCAGUCGACCGCCCCGCCUUUCCUGCUGCAAAGCAUCGAAGAAAACAAGAAGAAGAGCAGGAACCUCUACAAUCCUACCGCAAAUGGACGCCAAAGCGAUACUAAUCCCAAUUUUAUUUACUAAGAAAAUAGGAUGAAAUCCCUUAAAUGGAAACUAAAGCUAUACUCCAUACAACAGUAUGGUUGAUUCUCCAACUAUUUGGAACAUCAAGAAUUAACAAGUUUUUUUUUACCGUUGGUUUUUCAGUAUAUUUCUUGAAAUUUCAUCGCAUUUGAUACGGAUUCGUUAUCAUCCGCAGUGCAUUAUCCAUUACACCGUCUCCACACGAAAAUCGGGAACAUUGCAAAUGUCUCUUGGCCAAUUUUGAGAUUACGAAAGCAAAAUAUGUCUUUAAGAGAGCCUAAAUCUUCUGUCUUUUUAUUUUUUCAUCUUAAAUAACAACAAACUAGCCGUUACGAAGUAAUGGUAAUUAUUAGAGAUUUUUUUCUGCAUGAUCUAUUAAAGAUUAAAAAGAUUUUUAACGCGUAAUUUCCAUUUUUAUUUGAACAACAUUUUUCAUCGGUAUAAAAUGCUCCUAAAAAGACAAAUAAAAUACUAGGCUUUCACAGUUUCACACGAUUAUAGCCUUUAAAUCAUUAUAUCUUGUAUUUAUUUUACAAUCUCCGAUUUUUUUUGUUUUGUGAACAAUGUUACCAUGAAAAGAAAAAAAACGGAAAUUGUAAAGGAUCCAAAUAAAACCAAGAGUAUCACAGGUUUACAGUUUUUGAAUCAUGUUACAAACGUCGCGACAAAAUGUUAAGUUGUUCAUGAAAUAAUCUUUUGAUUUUAUUCUACAUACUAUUUAACAGCUUGAUUAUAUUGGCUCUUAUUGUACUACUCUUCAACUACUGACAUUACGGCAAUUGUCUUACAAUCAAAAAGUGAUGAGGACGCUAUAAUGACUUUAAUGAAUCUAAGACAAUUCCGUUUCAUUUGCAAUAAGAAUCAAAUCAAUUAAUCAAGGUUCGAAUUGAUAAUCAUAUUUGUAGCCUGUUAAAAAUAUAUCUAUUAUUGUCUGUGGUUUUCGCAUGUCAUAGAUUAUGAACUGUUAUAACUCUGUGAAACAUGAAACAAAUCAAAAAUUAUAUAAACAAGUGAAAUUAGAUAGAUAGAUAAUUUUCAUGUUUUAACUAUAUUUUGUUCUGUACCAAAUACUUACAAUCUCGGCCAUGCAUAUUUGGAAUGUAAGUAAGCGGUACCUGAUCCAGCCUAAAUAUAUUAUUAGCCUGUAACAUACACAUUUCUAAGUGUAUACUGUUCGUUUCAUUUUAAGAAGAAUUCUGCAGCCAUUUUGAUAUAUUUUGUACAUUAUAAGACCAAUUGAAAGUCUCACAAACAAAAAAAAUAUAUAUACUAAAUAUUUUCCCUGGAACUUUUGUAAUGGUUUCCAAGUUAAAUGGGUAAAUUUUAUAAAUUUGUGACUGGUAGCUUUUUCCUUGCAUUCUUUCCAUUGUCAAUGUCCACGGGGUUUAUCAUUAGCCAGCAUUCAUGUUUUGUUAUUAUAAAGCUCGGCAGAAAUAAUAUGUGCUGGAGUAGGACUUUAGUUUGUGAAAAAAUGUGAUUUGUGAGUGAAAAUGCAGAAUAUGAAAAAUUCUUUUUCGCCAAUUUUUGUCCAAAAAUACGGAUGAAAAAGAUUGAGUAUUGUAAUUAAGUAUGUUUUAAUACAAAUAAAGUGAACUAUUUAAUC